AUGAGCACCUACAACCCUCCCACACUCCUGCAGCUGGCACUGGAGGGGCUGCUGAGGAAUAUUGCCAUAGAUGUCUCUGAUCUGGAGUACCUGUCCACUAUGCUCUUCCCACCGCUCUUCAUAGAGGCCUUCAAUAGAAGAUGCACAGAGAUAUUGAAGGCAAUGGUGGCAGCCUGGCCCUUUCCCUACCUCCCUGUGGAGACCCUGAUGAAAACCCCUGAUGUGGCAAUGCUGCAAGCUGUGCUGGAUGGCAUAGAUAGACUGCUGACACAGAAUGUUCCCCCUAGGUGCAAGCUUCAAGUGUUGGACUUGAGAGAUGUGCCCCAGGAUUUCUGGGAUGUAUGGGCUGGAAGAGAAGAUAGAGUCCGCUCAGCAGAGACUAGGAGUGAGAAGAAUGUUGUAGAGCUCAUUCAGAGAAAACCACUGAGGGGUUUGAAGGAGUGUUAUGUGUACAGUUAUCAAACUGACUGGUCAGUGCAGACCUUCUGUUUUAUGAAAACCAAUUUACAGAAUGGCAGAUGA